CCGGCUUCGUAAAGUAGUAGCAUAUUGCUAAGCGGAGAAGUUAACGGCGAUAGUCAAAUGUAGCAGCAUUAUUUUAAUUCUCUGUAACUAGCAGACAUAUCAGUGGCCACUGUGGAAUCAACACUACCCAGGUGGGCUGUUUUCAAAUGUAGUAACGUCUCAAAAUAGCACCACAGUCCUUACGAAACUGCAGUUUACAAGUAGGAACGCUGGGUUAAGCGGCGGCGCAUAACCGACACAGGAGGAUAUGUCUGCUGUUUUACAUCAAAAAUAAUACCAGCACGGUCCGAGACGAGGGGAAAAAAUGCCAUCGAGAAAUCACCUUGACAAAAUUGGGAGGAAGAAAAAGAAGAGGUGGACAGAGGAUGCCAUGGAGCGUGCACUGAUAGAGGUCAAGUCAGGCAGGUGCACAGUGAGACAAGCCGCCAAGGAGUUUGGAGUCCCUAAAUCUUCACUGGGGGACAGAGUCAGUGGACGGGUGACCCCUGGGAGCCGUAGCGGCCCGGCUCAGCUUAUAACAUCUGCUGAUGAGGAGUUGUUGGUCGAGUUCUCCUUAUACAUGUCCAGGCAUGGAUUCCCACUUACAAAGCAGCAGCUGGUGUCCUUCGCAUCGUCAAUUUAUAAGCGGCAACACCGGAGGGUGGCAUUUUCCAAACUGGGCCAGACAUGGUGGCUCAAUUUUAGAAAACGACAAGAGAAAAACAUCACUAUUCAGCCAGCAGACAAUGUUGUCCGUGGGAGGACUGUGUCAGUGAGAAAGGAAGCAGUAGAUCAGUUUUUUCACCUCCUGAGGACUGUUGUAGAUGCUCAUGAGCUCAGAGACAAGCCUCACCAAAUUUUCAACUGCAAUGACACAGACUUUCAGCUGAGUAGGAAGAGGGUGACUCUCCCCAAAUCUGUCGGUCUAGGCUACAAGCCAGCGCCAGGCUCCAGGGACCAUGUCUCCGUCCUGGCUUGCUUUAAUGCGGUUGGAGAGGACAUCCCCCCGUUUAUAAUCUACUCAAAGGCCUAUCCAGGGGGAGUAUGCUACAAGACACAAGGACCACCAAAUGCCCUAUACGGGUGGUCAGACUCGGGAUGUAUCAAUUCAGACCUCUUUAAGAAAUGGUUCCUCAAACAUUUUCUCGUGCACGCACCAAAGGAGCGUCCACUGCUGCUGAUUUUCGAUGGCCACAAGUCACCCGUGAACCUGGAGGUGGUGGAAACAGCUCGUAAGGAGGAUGUCAUUCUUCUGUGCCUCCCACCUCAUUGCUCCCACAUCCUCCAGCCACUCAAUGACGGUCUCUUUGUGGUCCUCAAGCAGCACUUUGCUUCAUUCCUAGGCGACGGCUACACUACUGACACCCACUUUGCAGUUAGCAAAAAGGAGUUCUCAGGGGUUUUCAAAGAAACAUAUCAGGUAGCAAAGGAGGAGGAAGGUGUGAGAAUUGUGAAGGAAGGCUUUAGGAAAUCUGGGAUCUACCCACUGAACCACUUCACCAUCAGUGACGGACACAUGAUAUCAGCCCACCACAUUGGCCAGAUAGCUGCACCCUCCUUGUCAACACCAGUGCCGGGAGUGCACACUGUAGGAGACCUCACAGAUGCUGGGCCGUCUUCCUAAUUCAUCGCUAUGAAAAUGAAAGUGCGAUUGACUGCAUAAUUGAGCAAAGCAGAAAUGAGCACAGGCUCGUUCUGUCUUUCAAAAUACUGAAUUAAUUACAGUCCCGUUUUUAAUAUAGUGAACCACCUCCUGCUGCCUCCCUGCAGAGAGCCCUGUUUGAGGAAGGCUUGCAUUGUUAUUAAUUACUACUCAACAAUGAGCUCAGAUUUAGUUAUCGGGUAAUAAUGUUUGAAUGCUGCACAACUGUGGUUUUCAAUGGGUUGGGAGUCCCAAGGUGAACAUGAUUUUCAAAAGGAUAAUAAAAGAAAAAUAGAGGAAAUAUUUCUGCUUAACAAAAAUCUGUAAUUUCUCUUCAUAAAUGCUUCCAUCUUCUUGUGAGUUAUUGGAUGGCAAGCCAUUUAAAUUAAGUGACCCAUAAAAGAAAAACACUUGCAAAGCACUCACAAGUUGCUUCAGCCUAGGGGAUUGUGAGCAAAAGGACAUUUGUAGAUAUUCAGUGCCAUCUUUUUUUUUGGUAUUGCUGGCCAGUCAGCUAGCGAAGCUAACCAUCAUUGGUAAGGGGCAUGAUUUCAGUUUAGUGGUCUCUGACAGUAAGUGAGGGAGGGGAGGCUGUGAGUUGCCCGAGCAGUUCUGCACAGAUAUAACACCGGUGCUUCACUCUGUCAUUUGUUUUAUGUAUGUAAGUAAUGUGACAAAUUCACUCGAUUAUCUCAAACACACUGGAACGGAUAAAAGAAUGGAUUUAAAGCUUGGGCACAUUUUCAUAUGUUAUCUUGUUGUAGACGUCUGAUAACUACACUUUAUGCUGUGCAAGAUGUCUCUGAAGCACAAUCAAGCCUCUUAACUACCAGACUGAUUUUGAGUGGAAGUUGGAACCAUUUAUUGAAGAAUGUGUCAUCAACAGAUGAUGCAGCUGUAGAAUAUGAUAAACCUACUGCUGUUGUCAUGGUUUUCUUUGGAGGUCAAAGAAAAUAUGUCAAUUUUUGGUUCCAUCUAAGAAACUGUUGUUGUCUUUUUUCCCCUAAAUAGUUUAAAAUUGUACAUGUGACUCUAUUGUUCCUUUACUUACAUCCACCGGCCUCUUUGUUAGGUACGCCUGUUUAGCUUCUCAUUAAUGCAUAUAUGGAGUCAGCCAGUCACAUGGCAGCACUGUGUUAUCAUGUUAAUGUAGAUCAGAAUCUCAGGAAGGUUUCCAGCAUGUUGUUGAAUCUAUGGUAUGAAUAAUUAAGGCAGUUCUGGAGGAAAAGGGGUUCAACCCAGUACAAGCAAGGUGUACUUAAUAAAGUGGCCCGUGAACACAAGUAUCCUGAAUAAUUGUGAACACAGAAACUGAUAUAAAAGUAAACCCAAGACCUUUUUAAAUAAUUUGCUUCUUUCUGUUCACCUGGAAGAAUGAACCCUACAUGAUCUCAGGGGGAAAAGUCAGACAUCUAGAAUAAAGAUAUUUUUAGAUAUGUUUGAAGCAAAAAUUUGUCCAUAACCUUAAUAAUUUACAAAAUUUUGCUGUAGCCGUGGCUGAGUGUGUGUGUCUGUGUUAUGUACAUGUUCAGGCUGAGUGAUGUAAUGUCAGUGCAAUUGAUACAUUUGCCAACAAUAGUCAGGCAGCUAAGGCUGACGUAUCCUUUAUUUAGUAGAAAUAUUGUGCAACCAAGCAGAAGAACAUCUUUCUGUUCUAUUACCUGUAUAAAAUAACUCUGUAUAUGACUAUAAUUAUUAGAUGCCUAUAUCAAAAUCAUAAUUUUAAUGCACAGGGGUAUUAAUAUUAACAUUAACCACUUUUUUUAACAAAGCUAGUAAAACAUUUGUCGCAUACCAUAUAAUUAACAAUCUCAUAUGUUAAGGUGUUCCCUAGAAAGCUUUUGCUACAGUAUUCAAGGAAAAAAUAUGCAUGUGUGUCCUACAGGGAAGCACCCCAGUAAGAUUAACGUUUGAUCAACCAGCUUAAGUGUAGGUCACACCGCAGUGUACUUUAGAGCUUUAUGGAUGCAGUACAGAUGCCCUGGGCUAAGUUAAUGUUUUUGUACUGUAUGUUAAUAUCACAGAUGGUGAUUUGUGCCUGAAGCCUGGAAUAUUUUUAGUUAUGAUUCAAUGACACAGCACAGUCGAAGGACAAUUUGAGUUUAACUUGCAGAACUGCCACCACACUGUGUGGUGCCAUACACAUGGGUCUAAUAUUUAAGUUUUACAUUAUUUUUCUUUAAAAAAAAAAUAGAUAUACAGUCAUGGUAAAAAUGUAUGGCCUCUGUCAGUUCUGAGGUUUACAUAUGAGGGCAUAUUGAAAGUAAACCAUGCUCUUAAAGUUUCUGAAAUACAACCUCAGAUGAACAACAAUGCGUGACGUAUUACACAGUUUAAAAAAACAAACUAAGCCAAAAUGCAGAAGGAGUGUGUGAAAAGAACAACCAGUGACUGAGUAGCUGGUAGAACCACCUUUAGCAACAAUAACUUGAAUAGCUUCCUGUAUGACUUUAUCAAUGUGCCACAUCAUUGCGGAGGAAUUUUGGUCCACUUUUCUUUAACGUGUUGCUUCUUUUCUUUUUCAGCCAUUCUGUUAUAGAGUUGCUGAUGUGAUUGGGUUCAUUGUCCCGUUGAAAGAACCAGUUUUGGACAAGCUGUAGCUGUCAGACAGAUGCCCUCACAUUUGACUCUAGAAUACUUUGGUAUACAGAGGAGUUCAUCAUGGUCAAGUCAGUGAUAUCAAGAAUUCAAGAAAACUAUCAAGAAAACUUCCUGUGGCUGCAAAACCAGCCCAAAUCAUCACCCCUCCACCACCAUGCCUAAGAGUUGCUAUAAAAUGUUUGUGCAUUUUUUGUUGUUGUUUGUUUGUUUUGGGUUUUUUUUUUUACCAAACAUGAAACUACACACUAUGGUCAGACAUCUCCACUUUGGUUGUUCAGUCUUUUCCUGGUUGCACUGUCACGAAUUUUAACAUUUUGCAUGCUAACCGAGGCCUAUAGACUCUGAUUUGAUUUCUCUAAGCACCUUAGGGCGAAUUUGGUGGUAAGGCUGUACUUAGUUCUUCACACACUACUUCUGCAUUUUUGCUUUGUUUUUGUCUUUAAAAAAACCAACAUAUUGUAAUAUGUGAAGUUUUAAAGUUCAUCUGAAGUGAUAUUUACCAAGCCCUGGUAAGGACUAGACUAUUAUUUUUCAUAUGUGCGGAUGCCUGAAACCUUAGAAAUGAAAUUUUUUUUGUUUGUUUGUUUGUUUUACCAUUUCUGUGGAUUUGUCAGUUAAAUCAGGUGUGCCUGAGCAACGUUUACAUUCAAAAGUGUUUUUUCUUUUUUAAAAUAAUUUUUGCAGCACUCACUCAAAUCUCCUGGCUGCCAACCGGACUUGUGAACUCCUAGCUGGAAUAGGUUUAGGUUCCACAUCUGUGUUCGUUCUGCAACACAGAAGAGGUUGCUGUGACUGUGCAGCAGCACAACACUGAGACAGGACAGCUUCAAUUAUCCCUUUCAAUUAAAAAAACAAAAUUUUAAAACUCAAUUUUUGAAGUUGCAUCUUAAUCACUGUGAGUACCCUGCUGUGUCUUGUUCUUUCUUGGCAUCAUUUGAUCUUUGGAUCCAGCUGCCGUCCUUUUUUAAUGUAGACCGCACCCUGAUGUUUUGAAGCACCUGACUUCUGUUAAUAUCUACAAUACACACACACACUUUUAUCAGUACUGCAUACCAAGAAAUAUUUUUUCUUCCAUGUUUAAUCUUAUCAAAUACUCACCUUUUGACAUGCUGCUGAUGUUUUCUCAGAUGUUCAACCUGAGGAAAUAUUUGAUGAAAAACUUAAAAUGCUUUUCUAGCAGUUUUUCUAAUGCACAGCCUGUACGUUUUAUCUGUCAUACUCUACACUCAUUCCCAACUCACCCCCUUUCGCAACCUGUAAAGCUGUAUUCCUAUACACAAAAAACUCAUCCACCAUGAUAAAGUGAUAUUGAAGCAUUUACUCUUUGUUAUUAACACAUGUGGACAGUUAUUAUUAUCUGAAUAAAACCAUUUGAGCAUACCAGAAGACAUUCCACAAAAAUCUAAUCUGCUUGUAAACACUAUUAACAAAUGUCCCUCGUGCUCUAUCCUCUCCCCAGUCUCUCUGCGUCUUGUCAUAUUGCGCAUCUGUUCUGUAUUCUCUUCAAGCGCCUGUUAACAUUUUGACCUGUGCUUAGUGCUUUAAUCUCUUGUGAUGAAUCUUUCUGGAGAUGUGCCAGCCCCAAUUAAGCAGGUCAAAUUCAUUAUUCAUAGAAAAGGAAAGCAAUUCAGAUUUGGUAAUGAGGCCUUCCUCACACAGGCCACGAACAGGGGUGUGAAGUCCAUUUUUGUGCCGUAUUGUGUUCUCACCUGUUUGUGUCAGAGCAGAUCAGUGCCGGUCCUCCUCCGGGUCUCUGUGACACGCAAAUAAGAUGGCAGAAAUACCUUCACCAGAGCC